AUGAUAACUGCACAACAUACAAUUCUUCUUAAUAAAUGUUCAGGUCAACAUAGUUUUGGUAUAUAUAUGAGUGGACAUAGACGUUCUGGAAUUUAUAUAAUCACUAUGGAAUCUAAUUCACCAGCAGCAGAUGCUAAUAUACGACCUGGUGACCGUGUUUUAGCUAUUAAUGGACAACCAGUGUCAAAAAUAUCUAAGAAAAUAUUUUUAAAAAUAGCAAAUAAUGCUCAAAGUUUAAUACUUUCUAUUCAAUCGUCGAAUACACUUAAACUUAUGGAUAAAUCAUCAACAUGA